GUAGCAAACACAGGCUUAUAGUUCAAGCAGUCCAAGCUAAGGUUCCACACUGUUCCACGCAGUUCCACACCUUGGAUGUGGUACAUAGUACUUACAUGGCUUACAUGUGCAUGUGAUUGAAAUCUGAGUUGCUGUUUUCAAUUUAUAAACAGUACUUUACGCGCGCGUGUGCAUAUUUAUAAUUGUAAGAUUAGUUAUUUCUGAGAUCAAAUUUUUCGUAAUAUAAUUCAUUUUAAAAAGCAUAAGAGUAUAAUAGGUUACUAUACACAUAUGUAAGCCGCGGGAAACGCAUAUUAUUUUCGUUAAAUAAAAACCAGUUUAAAAACAGAAAGAAAAUCUUUAUUACUUGUUUACAGUAAUUAUAAUAUUGAACUGUGUAAGUAUUUUAAUGGCAUCAAUGGAACCGUAUCGACCUGACCGACUCAGUAAUUGCACGUGGAAAUUAAAUGCAACAAAUUCACCACAUACUGUUAGAACAGAAGUACCUGACCAUAAUAUAAUAUUGCCUAAUAUACUGACAGCUAUUGGACAAACACCGAUGAUAAAAUUAAACAAUAUCCCUAAGUUGUAUGGAAUUAAAUGUGACAUUUUUGUAAAAUGUGAAUUUCUUAAUCCUGGUGGAUCUGUAAAGGAUAGAAUUGCAUAUAGAAUGAUUCAAGAUGCAGAAAAAAAGAAUUUGUUGAAACCAGGAUAUACCAUCAUUGAACCUACAAGUGGUAACACGGGAAUUGGCUUAGCAAUGGCUGCAGCAGUGAAAGGUUACAAAUGUAUUAUUGUUAUGCCAGAAAAGAUGUCAGAUGAAAAAGUAAAUACACUUAAAAUACUUGGUGCUACAAUUGUUAGGACACCAACAGAAGCAAGUUGGGACAGUCCGGAGAGUCAUAUUAACGUUGCUAAAAAGCUUGAAAAGGAAAUACCAAAUAGUAUUGUUCUUGAUCAGUAUAUUAAUUCUGGAAAUCCAUUGGCUCAUUAUGAUCAAACUGCAUUGGAAAUAUGGAAACAGUGUGAUGGCAAAAUAGAUUAUUUGAUAGCUGGAGCUGGUACUGGCGGCACUAUUUCUGGAAUUGGUCGUAAAUUUAAGGAAUUGUCUCCACAGACACAAAUUAUUGCUAUAGAUCCUGAAGGGAGUAUUUUAGCUAAUUCACCAGAAUUACAAGACGAGGUUGGCUUUUAUGAAGUAGAAGGAAUUGGUUAUGACUUCAUUCCAACAGCUUUGGAUCACAGUGUGAUUGAUAAAUGGAUCAAAACUAAAGAUAAUGAAUCAUUUAAUGCUGCUAGAAUGCUUAUACGCCACGAAGGUUUAUUAUGUGGUGGCAGUAGUGGAGCUGCACUUGCAGCUACUCUUAAAUUUGUUAAAGAUUUUCCUGAAGGAACACGAGUGGUUGUCCUUUUACCUGAUGGAAUACGAAACUAUAUGACAAAAUUUGUGUCUGAUCAUUGGAUGGAAGCUAGAGGCUUUUUGGAAGUUUCGUGCCAAAAUGACGCAAAUAAAUGGUGGUGGAAUAUACCGAUUUCGCGUUUAGCUUUUAACAAGGUACCUAUGUUUAACGAUAAUCUAACAUGUCAAGAAGCUGUCCAUACUUUUGAGGAGACUAAACUUCAACAACUAGUCAUUAGUAACGACAAUAAGCACGUAAAUGGUGUUAUUAUUUUUAAUACGUUUAUGUCAAAAUUAGUAUCUGGUGCGAUACAACUUACAGAAUCUAUAAAGAAACAUAUGACAAAACAUUUCGUUAAAGUGAAAUUAUCAGCAAGUCUUGGACAACUGUCACGUAUUCUUGAAAAAGAAAAUUAUGCUAUUAUCUUAGAUGAACAACAUAAUAAUAAUUUUGUUGCUAUCGUAAACCAGUCCCAUAUAUUGAAUUUUAUCACAAAAAGUAAUGGUACAAUGAAUUCCGAUAGUUAAUUAUAUUAUGUAAGUGUUUCAGAAGCUAAUUUCCCGAACUGUUGAGAUUUUUACUGUGUUCAAAAUCUUGAUUUUACUUUAAAAUUGUUUUUUAAUAUUCUGUGCUGUAAAAUAUUCAUAUUUUAUUGUGAUAGUUUUCAUAGUAAUCUACAAUUUUUAAUAUUUCGAUUUUGUUUUAUACGAUUUCUUGGUACUUAGCAGUUUCGCUGUUCCUAUUCUAUGUCUAAAAGUAUUCCUGAGUCUUGAAUCACGUCAUUAUGUACUCUAUUAUGGUAUAUUAUUAGUUUUCGUAAUCGUAAUUAGCUCUAUUCUACAUCAAAUUAUGUUCCAUUAGGCGCAAAAAUAAAUCAAAAGUAUGGAAUUAAAUCAUUGGAA